CUUAAAACACAUCUUUUCAAUUUCAACGAGAGGAACGAUCCUCGUGGGGUACUCGUGAUGGGUUAUAGAACGUGCUCCAGUCUCGAAACUGUGAGGAUAUUUAUGCGUGAGCGUAUAUACGCGUUUUCAUUCCCAGAGGCAAAGCAAAAGUCUGCUUCGCGGAAAGUAGUAUCGUCCACGAAUUGGAUUAUCUCUUGAUUUUGUCUUUGAAUUGCAAUCAUGUGGUCUCGUUCCAAAGAACUACUCGUUCUAAGCUCGAUAUAAGCUAAUUCGGCUAAUGGGUAAUAUAAAAGUAAAAUACAAAAAUACAAAUCAGUACGCGUAGAAAGAAUAAAGUGUAUUCUUAUUAACAUUAUAGAAAAAGAAAGGAACAGUAUCAAUUUCAUUGAUAAUACCGAUCACAAAAGUUAUUAAUUAUUUUGUCAAUAUUCCUCUUGUUUCUUCUUGUCAUCAAAUUACAUUCACCGGGAAAAAUGAGAAAGAGAUAGCGGAAGAAACGGAAAUCGUGAUUAGUACGAUCGCAUUAGUUUUCUCGCUUUUUCAGAAUCGCUUGGAGAGAAAAAGAAAAGCAAGAAAAGAAAGCAGCAUAUUUUUCUUAGAACCGGCGAAUAACAGACUAAACAAUGAUUUCGGAUAUUUCGCUAUGCGUAAAAUCAUGUCCUAAGCACGCGGGCGAAGGUCGACAUAAAGAAAGGUGCUGUUUAUUUUUCGUGAUCUAAUAUUCGCCUUCGUGGGACGAUAUGCAAGGAGCGUGGGCCGAUAUCGGUAGUCAGCUGUGUCAGUGGCGCACGCUCUCGCGCACGUUGCUCCGGAUCGUUCGAAUAUUCAUUUCGUGGGGGUCGGGGGAGAAAGGGUAACACUUGUCUCCCCUCCCCCUCCCCCGACCACCCCGGAGAUUUUAUCAAAGACGAUGCUUCUUUUUGCGCCUACGAAACGAUCAUGCAUCGUAAAAAGAGACGUGCAAAAUCGUCGUAACUAUCUCGGUUGGCACAGACCUCGUCACCUUUUCGGGACCGAAGAACCGCGUAAAGUUUAUUUUAAUAAUACGUGCGUAGAGCGAGCGCGUCGUCGGCUUCUCCGACGGCCUUUUCUAUUUCGGCUUUUCUUCCUUUUCGCUCGAAUGUUUCAAAAAAGAGACAACAGAUGCCUAUCUCCUUCUGCCUCUUCACUGAUGCGCGAAAUUUUGAAAAAAAAAAUUCGACAAAUCGGACGAAUAUACGAAAAAUCGUGAUAACACGGCUCGAACGUGCUUCGAAAUAAUUUUCGGUGAUUACGUUACGUUAAUGGCGUAUUCUACGGAAGGAUAUCAUCGGAUGUUUUGUAAAUCUAUUUUAACAAAUUAAGAUAACACGGUGUUUCGUUUUCUCGGCUAAGUAAAGUAACCUUCCGUCAAUCAUUUCGAGUUUAUUUUAAUAAAGCGAACGUAUACGUGUACAUAUUAACGUCGGUAGUCGCUUCGAUGGCCUUUUCUACUCUCGUCUUUACUCCCUAUCCACCUGUAUCUCCUGUACGACGGAGAAACAAAGAGAGAGAGAGAGAGAGAGAGAGAGAGAGCGAUGGAGUGAGAUGAGAUCGGGAGGGAGGGAUGCUUCGCUUCGACGUUAUUUUUUCGUAUAUUAAUAGUUGAGGAUCGAUUAAUUGAUUUCUCUUGUAAAAAAAAAGAAAAAAGAAAAAAAACAGAAGAAAGAGAAGUCCUGUGCGUGUAAUACUUAAAACUUAAAUACAACGAAUAUAACGUAGGAGCACAUUUGCGGUUUAUAAUUGUAUAAUGGAUGAGUCAUUAAUAUAUAACGAAAUAUUUAACGAAAUUCAUGGAAACGAGAAGAGAUCUAUCGAAUGAAAUCGAAAUAUUCUACCAAUCAGGUUGCACGGUUCCGCGUUAUCGAGAAAUAUUAUACAUAAUGAGAACCGUCCGAAGUAAUUCCAUUCAUGAGUACGUUUUAAUCGAUGAAAAAUGAAAAUAUGUUGUUUCUCGUAAUUCCGCCAAACUCAUUGUGUAUCUCGCUUCUUUUAACUCGAUAAUUAAUCGAAUUUAUUUAUGAAAACAACAACUCCGUCGAGUUUCAUUUAGUUCAAUCGUUUUAAUCGGUCUUUAUGGACAAGAAAAGAAGAAGUAUUAAAAAGUGGGCUGGGUGUUUAUGCGCGAAUAUAUGCUUGUGUGUUUGUGUGUUUGUGUUUGUGUUUGUGUGUGUGUGUGUGUGUGUGUGUGUGUGUGAGAAAGAAAGAGAGAGAAAAAGAUAAAGGAAAUAAUCGUAGAUGAACGAAGAGUAGUAUCGCGUAUUCUCAGGCAUUCUCGCCGAUUUUCCGAGCGCGUCUCGAGUACGAGAACUCCUACUAUUUAUAAAUUGGUUUGAACCCGGUCGCAUUGGCGAUCCUCGUCGUCGUGCGCGGCGCUCUGGUGCGGCCGAAGCAACGGGCUGCGCCUUCGGUCCGAGCUGCUGCCGCCUCGUGGAGCCUCGCGUGGGGAACAAUUCGCCACCCCAUGAUAAAAAUAGAAGCUCCUAGUCAGCUAGUCCAAGCUCCGAGCUAGGAGAGAGAGAGAGAGAGAGAGAGAGAGAGAGAGAGAGGGAAAUCUAGUGAAUGCGAGUAUGAGUGAGUGUGUUGUGCGAGAGAAAGAGAGAAAGAAAGACAGUAAGAUUGAAAAAGAGGAAUAAAAAGUAGGGGAUAGAGAUAGAACAUAGAAUGAAAAAUAAAAUUACGAGAAAAAUAAAAAACGCAGCUGAAAAAUAUAAAGAGAGAGAGAGAGAGAGAGAGAGAGAGAAAUUUUGAAUCGGUUUCAAUGGAUGAACGGGUCAGCGAACAAACGGAUAGACGGACGGACGAACGAAUGAUCGUUGGUAAGAUCCAACAUCGACGACGUUGACGAAGAGACGAAGACGACGCACCGGCGCACCGGCGGUAGCCGAUGCUGGUGGUGCUGCUGGCACGUCUCGAUACCGUCUCUCUCUCUCUCUUUCUCUCUCUCUCUCUCUCUCUCUCUCUCUCUCUCUCUCUCUCUCUCUCCCUUUCCCUCGGCCAAGAGCUUUCAGUUCUUCGUCAUCCGUCGUCUUCGACGCGAAGAAAGUGCGUCCGUCUCUCUUUCGCGAAGCGCGCGCAAGAUAGUUAGCCUCGCUAAGAUCGGUGACGUUCAUCAUAAUGCCGGUAUUAACAGUUGACGCACCUGCCGCUUCCUAGUAUACAUUCCCAAAAGCAAAAUAGUUUUAAAAGAAUAAAGAGAAAAGAAAAGAAAAUUUAUAAUCUAUCGUUAUAUCGAGCUUCGUCGAAUAUAACAAGUUCGAAAGAUAAUCGAGAAACAUAGAGAGCGCGAGCGAGAAAGAGAGAGAAAGAAAGAGGCACAUUCCGAGCGGAUCACGGAUGCUUAUAGAAGCGUUGCGUAACGGCGUCAGACGAACAGCGAAAUUGCGGCGGCGGCUGCGGCAGCAGCAGCAGCGGCUACCGAGGCGCGUCGAGCUUCGAUAAGAUCGAAGGAAAUUUUAGAUCCUCUUACGGUAUCGAUUCGCGGAUUCGAAAAACGAAGAAAGUUAGGGAAAGGAAAAGGAGAAGGUGGAGAAAAGAUUUAGUGUGCGUUAAAAGUGGAUCAUUGAGGUGUCACAGAGACCAGAAUCGGAUACAAGGUGUCCUCGUGAUCUCGAUCAGGGAUCAAGAGAGGAGAAGAGCCUGGUCGCGUGUUAGAGUGCGCGAGUGAGUGACUGAGUGAGUGAGUGAGUGAGUGAGUGAGCGACGAUUUAUCGUCGAAGAACUCGUUAAAAAAAUAUUAAAAGUUGUUAGGGUACGUUGGUUGGAUCGCUCGAGGGGCUUCGUAACAAGACAGGUAGAGAGAUUGGGGAUGGUAGAAACGAGGAUAAGAAGAAGCUGUUUCGCAGAGAAAGAGAGAAAGAGAUUCUUUCGGUCGUAUCGAUUCUGGUGUCUCGAAACGUUUCAAGGCCAAUCUCCGUCUCUCGAUCUACACUUAUUCACAGACACGCGCGAGCGAGCGCGCGCGUACACACACACACACACACACACACACACACACACACCCCACAUAUACACGCACGCGCGCGCGCGCGCGCGCGCGAACACAUACACACAUGCAUACACCUAAACACCCAAGCACGCAUACACACGUAUAGUUGUCAUUUACGAAUUCUAUCCGGAUCGAUUGCUCUUAUUUCGUAUUGGAAAUCGCAUUCGAUAAUCUCUCAUGAUCAGGAUGAUUUCGUUCGAGCUCUUCUCCCGCGUGAUUAAUAGCCUCCAUCUGAUCGCGAGGGCCCAUACUGUAAAAUCGGCGAAUCCAACGCUUUAUUGUUAUAUAAUUUUCUCACUUUUUCGAAUAGAAUAAAAUUGGUCGAGAUUCGAGGAAACGAUCCAACAACAAAACAGAACAACGAUCGAGCGUGUAGGGAUCAACGGGUGGUUGGUUCGGUGAUCCAACAGGGAUUUGGCGAAUUUCGGGAGGAGAAGGAAGAAGAUAAAGGAAAAGAAGAAAGAGGAGAAAGAAAGGAGGGGAUAGCGAUAGUAGUAUUAGUGCUAAUAGGUGUUGGUGGUGGUGGAGGUGGAGAAGGAUGGAGCAACGUCCAAGGAGACGGGGAGUAUACGGACGUUGCUGACGAGGAAGGAGCGAGAAGAGGAGGGGGAGGGGAGUGGAAAAAGAAGAAGAGGAAGAAGAAGAAGAAGAAGAAGAAGAAGGAGAGGAAGUGGACGAAGACGACGAAGAGAACGAAAGCGACGAAAUUGAAGAGACGAACGACGGUGCGUACGACAUCCACGAGACAUGCAGCAACAGCAACAGUCUGGACAACAGCAACAGCAAUCCGGAGCACCGAACGGGGUGGCGGGUGGUGCCCAAUUGCCUCAAACAGGUGGUAUUAGUCCUGCUCAGCCUGGUGCAACUGGCACGGCUACCUCGAGGCCACAGGUGAACGGUGGUAGAUUUGACUUCGACGAUGGUGGCACUUAUUGCGGCGGCUGGGAGGAUGGCAAGGCUCAUGGACACGGUGUUUGUACCGGACCCAAAGGACAGGGUGCUUACUCUGGUAGCUGGCAUUACGGCUUCGAGGUCUCUGGAGUUUACACUUGGCCAAGUGGCUCGGCUUACGAGGGACAAUGGCAGAACGGCAAAAGGCACGGCCUCGGUAUGGAAACUCGGGGACGUUGGAUAUAUCGUGGAGAAUGGACUCAGGGAUUCAAGGGACGUUACGGUGUCAGACAAUCUACUACAUCUACAGCGAGGUACGAAGGUACAUGGGCCAGUGGUCUUCAAGAUGGUUACGGUUCCGAGACUUACGCCGACAGCGGCACUUAUCAAGGACAAUGGCUUCGAGGGAUGAGACACGGAUAUGGAGUAAGAAGCAGUGCACCUUUUGGUUUGGCGAGUCACUAUAAACCACCGAAGCAAGUAAGAGCGUCCUUGACUUCCCUGAGAAGCGCGGAUGUGGGUCCAGCGGUUGCACCAACACCUGAUCCGACCGACAGGAGAGAUCGUCGAGUAGACGAUAGCAGAGGAGGCUUCGUAUUGAAGGCCAGGAGUGACGAUCCCCCAGCUCGAAGAAAGAGUUUAACGGAGAAGUCCUUGAAGAAGGGAAUUCUAUCGGGUUUGAAAAUUCGGAAACAGAAGAGCACGGGUGAUUUAGAGAAACGUGGAACAGGAGGAAGUAUUCGAAGUAAUGCUAGUUCAGCAUCAUGGAUGUCGACUGAGAGUUCACAGAGCCAAGCAUCAGCGUCCGUCCAUACUGACAGUAAUGCGUCUUUUGUCAUCGAGGACGAACAGAUGGACGCCUCUGUAACCGAGACGUAUCUUGGCGAAUGGAAGAACGACAAGAGAACUGGUUUCGGUAUAUCGGAAAGGAGCGAUGGUUUGCGAUACGCAGGCGAGUGGUUCAACAAUCGAAAGUACGGUUACGGUGUGACGACCUUCCGAGAUGGUACCAAGGAGGAAGGAAAGUACAAGAACAACGUGCUGAUUACCAGCCAAAAAAAGAAGCAUCUAUUUCUGAUCAGAUCGGCCAAAUUUCGUGAAAGGAUAGAAGCUGCCGUUAACGCGGCUCAAAGAGCGAGCAAGAUAGCGCUUCAAAAAGCUGAUAUCGCCAUCUCGAGGACAGCAACGGCCCGAGGAAAAGCCGAAUCCGCGGACAACGCUGCUGAUCACGCGAGAGAAGAUUCCGAGUUGGCCCAACAAACGGCCAGACAGUUCGCCCCGGAUUUCAGGCAGCCUGGUUUAGAGAGACUUAAAAAUCGAGAAAUUCCGAAAUACGUGCCACCGCCGCAGGACACUGUGCCUGGUAAAAGUAUACUCCAUAAAAGCACGACGUUGGACCAAACUGGAUCGACACCUUCGAAGACGGCAAUUUCGAGCGUCGAUUCGACAGCGACGAUUACUACAACGACGACGACGACGACGACGACAGCAACAACGACAAUGUCAUCGACGUCGAUGACAGCCAGCAACGUGAUGCAAUCGAUCAGAAGAGCCAGCAUGAAGCCGCAGAAUAUGAUGCAGAAUCAAUUACCUAAUCAGAUCUCGCCGAAUCAACUUUCGAAUCAGAUUCCGCAAAUGGUCAACACUCAAAGUUCUCUUCCAAUUCAAAAUCUCUAUCAGACGCAAUACGUUCCAACAAUGCCACCGAAUUCACCUCAGCAAAAUCAGCCAUACCCUAAUAGCAUACCAAAUCAGUAUCCUCAAAGUCCGUAUCAACCGAACCAGUAUCCCAAUCAACCUAACACCUACAACCAGACGCCGUACCAACCUGCUACCUCACCUCAGCUGGAUCCUGGAUAUACUGGAUAUCAGCAGCAACAGACACCAGCUAGAUCGCAAGGAUUCCAAAACAUGCAACCUUAUCUAAAUCAACAGAUCUUGUAUCCGCAACCCCCGGUUAUGUACGGUCCAAUGACAUUCGCCCAAAUGAAUCAAUACGAAGCGCAGCUUUAUGGUGCGAAUCAGGUGCCGAAUCAGUAUGGGCCGAAUCCAAUGAAUCAAUACAAUCCGCAGUCAAUGUUAAAUCAGCAGCAACAAGAACAACCGUCGCAGCAAGCGCAAUCCAUGCAGCAGUAUCCUGAUGGAAUCACAGACAUUCAAAGGCCACCAAGUUCGGCGAGUAUACGAAGGAACAGCAGGGUCUUAAGUCCGCAGGAUAGACCGGGCACUAUUGGUCAAACAUUAAACGACAGGCUGGAUCAUUACAAGAGGCCACCUAGUCGUGAUAGUUCCGUAGAUCGAUAUGCCAGAGCGCAUUCCCGAUUGACAGGAUCAAGACAGCCGUCUGUUGACAAAACCGUAACAAAUACAUCCACGGAUUUAAUCGACAGAUCGACGAGGGCUCCCAGUGUUAUUCGAUCCGGCACGCCAUUGAACGGCUCGGUGGUAGGAAGUGGUACGGCGACACCAACUUAUGCGGCAUCGACUUCCGGGCAAUUUGAAGGAGCACUUUUAAAGAACCGCAACCUUGGUCAAGACAUCCUCCCAAGUCCUGGGCAACCGAAACGAACCGAGAGUCUCUAUGUUACGCCCGCGCGUAAUUCAAACGUUUCCGGUGGCGGAGGUGGCGGAGGUGGCGGAGGUGUUGCAGGAGGCGGUGCAUCGAAAGACGCAAGCCGGACGGUCCCCGCCUUCGCCGAAGCGUCAAAGAGCCGCGCAACCCUAUGAGUAUAAGUAUUUAUAUUAAUCUGUAGGUAUACACAAUACUACAGAUAUGAUUUAUACGAAGGCACGAAGCUGCCGACGUUUGUCGUUGUUAUGCGUUCUUCGAACGAAUCUCGAGCGAUCAGUUCGAAAUUGAAUCGUAAUAUCGUGAUAACUAUCCAUCCAUUUCUUACACAUCUUUAUUUUGAAAGCUUCUCCGAUAUAAUUGUAAUAUAUAUAUAUAUAUAUAUAUAUAUAUAUAUAUAUAUAUAUAUAUACUAUCGUUCACAUUGAACACCAUAAGCAUAAAGUAUACAUAUAUUUAUUGAUAAAAAAAAUGUGAGCUUGAUUCGUUCAGUGUCUCGUUGUAAUCACGGUUUUGAUGAAAGGCACCUUCGUUCUGUAGUUUGUCAAGGACAAAAGAAAAAGAGGAAGAAAAAACAAUAAUCUUGAGUUCGAUAACUAUAUAUAUAUAUAUAUAUAUAUAUAAAGGAUCGGCCAGUAAAAGAUCGAUUGAUCGCCCAGAAGACGCUUCGAAUGAAGCUCUUUCUGAUAAUGCUUUAAAUUAGAUGUUUAUAAAAGAUUGCUUAUACGGCUGUUUCUAGACCGAGGCCUUAGCUAAGAGAACUAUCUCGCAAUAUUCUGAUUAACGAGAGGUCAUUAUGGUGGAAAAAGAGAACGCACGUACCUGUUUGUAGUUCGUUAUUAGUCAUUUAUCUUAUGAAAGAAUAGAAACAUGGAGAGAAGGCAAAAAAUCGCGUAUUUCACGGCAUGAAAGGACAAUUAAUUAAUUUCGCCCAACGAGAGUAUUUUUUCAGAAUGUGUGUACGCCUUUUAAUGCCUUCUUGUCCAAAAACAAACAUAUUUUUCUAUUAAGAAUAAUGAGAAUAUCCGAUUGAUCUAGACGAUCGACGGCUAUAUCACUUUCGUUGUAGGCUACGAUGAAAUCGCAAAAAGGAACAAAAACAAAAAGAGUACCUAUGUAUUUUACUCUCUACGAUGAGAAUACUAAAAAUUGAAGUGUUUAUAUAUAUACAUAUAUAUGUAUGUCCUAUUUAAUGUGUAUGUGUGUAUAUAUAAAUACUGAACACUUCCUUUUGAAGAGAAAACGUAAUGAAAUACCCUCCAAUUUAUUUUUCCGCUCGAAAAAGAAAGAACGGAGAGGUCUCAGUCGAGAACUAAAUAAUAUUUUAGAGACUGCUGCCGAGAAUAUAUAACAAUAACAGCAACAAUAAUAAUAACAAUAACAAUAAUAAUAAUAAUAAUAAUAAUAAUAAUAAUAAUAAUAUGGAAGAUGUUAAACGAAUAUAAACGAGUGUCUGUAUUUUAUGUCUAUAUGAAUGUAAUAACGUAUUAAAUAGUUUUACGAAAGAAGUUAAAUCGAAACAUUUA